GUCCGAGUAGAGCUUCUCUUUGUGAUGCUGAUAACCUUUACAAAAAAUACGAUCCUUUCAAACAGAAGAAGAGAGCGCCCAAUGGGGAACUUUGUUUACAAACCAAGUUCUUUUGUUUCACGAAGAGGAGGGAAAAUCGCUGGGAAGCCGCCGUGCACCCCACAAAUGCGCGCCACACUGCUACGAUCUGAUUGGUCGACAUCUGCCUGGCGCGGAACUCAAACUUGUUGCUUUGCACGUUGGUCUGCAGUUUGCUGCGAUCUUUUGUACGAAUAGUUAGUCGACUGGAAGCAUGGCUUCUUUCAUUGGAAAACAUAUGAUUUUUCCUUCGAAUUGCGUUCCUAAAUCCAUGGCGGAUCUCAGGAAAUACGAGGGAUUUUUCCCAAACAUGAGUGGAGCAACUUAUGAUCCCAUUUCCCUUCUAAACGAGGAAAAGAAUCUUAGACGUGCACAGAGUGGUGGCUUUUCCUCGGACUCAACUCGUUCAUCCCGCGAUGAUGACAUCUUUUCGAACACUGCAUUUGCAUCUUCGAGCAGCGGCGAUGACAGCACUGGAUCAAGUCAAACGUCUCAUGACGUAUUCAACGAGAGCGGCAAAACAGUGUUACUGAAGACCCCGCAAAAGACUUUGGCUAAGCGAGUGAGCCCAAGGAAACCUCUCAAACCAGUUAAAAGUGUGAAUCCUUGUGAUCCAGGCUUUAAAGGUGUCACCCUCCACAUGAAAACAACGCUGAAGAAAGGGAAGAACGGUUUGAAAACUCGAUCUGAAGCGCAGCUGGUGAUAGAUUGUUGCUUUACUUCUAAGAAGAGACGUCGCUGCUCAAAUCUGGAGCUCGAUAUGCGCGAGUGUAAGACAUCGAGAAGAAGGCUCAAUUCACCAGGGGUUAAUCCUUCGAUUUUCAAGCUUCAAAGCUCUCCCGAGUCAAUGUUUAGCGACAGAAGCCCGUCCGAUGUGGACUUGGGAACAGCGCCGAUCCAAGUGGAAAAGGAAUGCGCAUCCUGCGGGACUUUCAAAACUCCUUUGUGGCGUGAUGCGGAAGAUGGCACUCACUUGUGCAAUGCUUGUGGAAUUAGGUACAAGAAGUACAGGAUCCGUUGCGUUCGAUGCUGGUAUAUCCCCAAGAAGGAGGAGAAAGCAUUACCGUGUUGCACUAGUUGCGGUCAUACCUACAAAAUCACCUUGGGUCGCAAGGCUAACCCAUUUAGCAGCAGCGAGUAACAAGUUUACUCCUCUGGAGUGGAAGUGUUUGGUUUUACUCAAAUUACUGCGAUGAUUUUUGAGUGUUUUACAGAACAGUCUAUUUAGAUGGAACGUUGAAUUGGCUUAUGUUAACCGUCUUAUUGUAGUAUAUACUAACCGUGAGUGGGAUACUGUGAUACAUGGACACGCUUGCGUUUAAAAACCCUCAAGUAGUUACAAGACGGAUAUGGACCAUGAUGAUUAACAUAUCAAGGAACGAAUACUAUUUUACUGCAUGCUGUUCAGUAUUCAGAAAAUUGUAGACAUCAUUUGUAAUGUUGACCAAUAUUCUGUCGCUAAAAUUAAUGAUAAUAAUUCUGUGUUACGGGUGUCAACUUUGUACUUUACUCAUAUUACUGGACUACUUGUUAUCAAGCGAGGUAAUUUGUUUUACAGUUUUGUAGUUUUUACAAGGUGUCUACAAUUUUAUUCACUUCGUAAUCAUGAUAUUUCAUAACUGGGUUGAUUUUUCAGUUUUUGUCAUUGUUAAGGUCAGUAGUAGUUUAAGGUUUUAGGAGAGAGAUUUGAAGUUUUCAAGGGAAGGUAUAUAUCUAGGAUGGUCACGUAGGAACACGUUCAUACGUGAUUCGUGGAAGGAAACUAAAUGACAUCACAGUCUUUAGCUGAAAAAAAACGACAACAAAAACAAACGGUUGGUUCGUCACAGUCCUGGAUCAUAACUCCCAAUUUUUAAACAUUCACUCUUUAGUGUUAUUUUCAAAUGAUAUAGUUAAAUAAUGGUACCCCUGACAGUCUUUAAUUUAAGGUUAUUUAUUUAAUUUGUGUUGUAAAAAUAUUUUGUUGUCAAUUAACAUUGGUAUUUAUUUACAGCACUUUAAAUCUUCUACAAUCUUUGGGACUGAUGGUUUUUUUAUUUAGAUUUUUGCAGGAUGCAGGCUUUGGUUGUUGUAUAUCACUGCACAAUGUGUAUAGAAGUAUAUUGGUAUACCUGUAUUUCUGUGGAGUUGUGUGGAGCACUAAAACACUUUCCUUCUACAUAGCUCUUGGAAGUGUAUAGCACUUAAGAAAUUUGUUGUUUAAUUACAAGAUGUAUCCAUUAAAAAAACUACAACGGCUUUGCAAGAU